UCGCGCAGGCGCAGUGACUGGGCGCGGGUCGCGCGCGCGCGGCUGGACGCAGGCUGCGCGAUGGUGCUGUCCGCCGCGGACAGGGCGGCAGUGCGCGCACUGUGGAAGAAGCUGGGGAGCAACGUCGGGAUCUACGCGACCGAGGCCCUGGAGAGGACCUUCGCGUCCUUCCCCACCACCAAGACCUACUUCCCGCACUUCGACCUGAGCCCCGGCUCCGCCCAGGUCAAGGCCCACGGCAAGAAGGUGGCCGACGCGCUGACCACCGCCGUGGGGCACCUGGACGACCUGCCAGGCGCCCUGUCCGCUCUGAGCGACCUGCACGCGCACGAGCUGCGAGUGGACCCGGUCAACUUCAAGUUCCUGGGCCACUGCCUGCUGGUGACCCUCGCCCGGCACUACCCCGGAGACUUCGGCCCCGCCAUGCACGCCUCGCUGGACAAGUUUCUGAGCCACGUGAUCUCGGCGCUGGCCUCCAGCUACGGCUAGAGUCGGGGAGGCGCGUCGCGGGACCCCCAGCAGCCCCUCCCUCGAGUUCUAGAGUUCGAGUAAAGUCCCCGCGAGAA